CUUCAUUUCCGCAUACGCCAUUUCACAUCCCACAUCCCUCUCGUCAGUUAUUCCGUCAACGGGUCGAGCGAAGAGUUGCUGGUGGAGCUCGUCCCGAAGAAGAGGGACAUACACGUCUUCUGCUGCAGCGGCGUCGUUGCGGAAGCGAUCAGAUACGAGCCCAAAAUGUCCAAAUGGGUCCACUUUGGUGUUGCACUCAACCUGACCGGCCGCACCCUCUACCUCAUCAACGAUGGACAAGAAACUAGAGUCAACUUAAAGAUCGACUAUUCUAAAAUUGGCGUCGGUAACAAGUUAGCAGUGCGAGGAGGUGGACGUUUUGUGCUCGGCCAGAGGCUGUAUUCCCCUGAGGGCGGAUUCCAUGUUCUAGAGUCGGUGGAUGGGGACUUUGCUGAUUAUAGAUUCUAUAACACGUCCUUGUCGUCGAGUGAAAUAUCAGAGCUACUGACAUGUCAAAAUCCAUCUCUAUAUCGUCAGCCCUUUAUUACUUUGAGGCAUAGUUCCUUAAAGAUAGUUGGCACUGUAGCGCUUGAUAAAAUGGAUCUUGAUGCAAUUUGCAAAGAUCACGUCCCCGAGUUUUACUUGUUCUUUUCAGAGAAAAGGAGUUUCAAGAAUGCUCUAUCUUGGUGCCAUAAAAUCAAGGGAGAAAUAGUCCUCCCGCAAGAGCCAGAACUGAAUGAGAUGCUGUUUCACGCUUUCUGGCCGCAACGAGAGAAGUGCCAGGAUAUUUGGACUCACCUCUUCUGGCUUGGCUUUGAAGGAGACCUGCAAAACCGAACGUGGCACAAGCUUAUUGACAGGAAGACACCGGAAUGGUUCAAUUUCCUCUCGCUCUAUAGGAGUGUGACGACAGAAUAUCAAUGUGGCGCAACUGUCAGUCAUGAUCCGUACAAAUGGGCAGCUUGCCCCUGUGGAAUCGAGGCCUGUACCGUGUGUAACUUCACCACCUACCCAGACCUGAGAUUGAGAGGAAUGUGUAAAGUUUCUCUCUUGGAUAAAGACUAUUCUUUUCGAGAGAACAGCGACUACAGGCUGGUGUUUGAAGGUCUUUGGCAUACCAUGAUUGUGUUUGAGGAGGAGACUUGGGUCAUGAAGAGUCGCCUUUAUCAAAACAUUUCUGGGAGAAUGAUUCUGAAGACAAGAGGAGAGUAUCCUGUUGGGGUCCACACAUGGACGCUCACUGGUGAUCGAUGUACGCAGCAAGAGACCAAAUUCCUGUUGACCUCCUGCAACACCAGUCAGUACACUUGCAACGACGGGUCGUGCAUUCAGAAAGAGGCUCGAUGUGACUUGUCGAUGGACUGCGCUGACGAGAGCGACGAGAUGGACUGCUCAGUGGUUGUGGUACCUGACCUGUACUCAGAGAACAUUCCCCCACCAAACGUCCAGGAGGUGGCUUUGCCGGUGAACAUUUCCUUCAACAUCACCUCCAUCAAGGAGUUCGACCUCACUUCGUUCAGCAUUGGGGUGGAUAUGAUGAUCACCACUAAGUGGGAAGACCGGAGGCUCAAGUACAAGAACAUCAGGCCAACUAUAAGGCGAAUCAGCUGCAGAACAAGCAGUCCGUCUGGGUUCCGCAGCUCAAGUAUCGGGAUGGAACACUCAGCGCUGCUAAACAGGACAGCCACUCGGAUAAUCUAUACGUAAGCCGCAUGACGAGAGCUCUGCCUGAUGAUUCCACCUCUAUACUCGAAGAUAUAGUUUACAGUGGAAAGGGGAAUCCGCUCGUCUACGAGAAAGAAGUAACCGUUGACUUCAAGUGUCACUUCCGCCUCCAGAUGUAUCCAUUUGACCGGCAAGUCUGCUUCUUGGAAUUCAUUUUGGAACUGUCCUCAGACUUGGGAGUCUUAAUACAGGAAAGUGGUGCCGCAGUUUCGU